AUGGGCAAGUGGCUUGCGGAAUUGUUGUCCUGGACCUUUGUCGACCUUGACGAGAUGGUUGCAGAACAAAAUGAAAUUAAAUCUGCCGAAUUGAUCCGGCGCUUUGGCUGGGCACAUUUCCGACCCCUCGAGGUCGCCGCUCUGAAAGAGAUAAUGAGAACAAAGCCACGAAGUCAUGUCGUCUCAUGCGGAGGUGGUAUUGUCGAAACAGAAGAGGCACGCCGCUUGCUGAAAGAGUGGCACAACAAGGGCAUCGUUCUUCUGGUCCAUCGUGAUAUGAAACAAGUAGCCGAAUAUCUCCUUGCGGAUAAGACUCGUCAUCAAUUUCCACAAGACAUACAAGAAAUUUAUGAGCGCCGAAAGCCGUGGUUUGAUGAAUGUAGCAAUGUGUCUUAUUUAAGUCCAUGCUCUCAUCAUGGCGACGGGAUACCGCAACAUUUCGUGAGCUUUGUGUCUGACAUGAAGAGCCGAGCGCUUGAAGACGGCAAUAAAUCUUCCUGA